GGUGCGUUUUAUCGUUUCGAUCGACGAUCGCCAACGCCAACACACAUCGUGGCGUGCAGACAGUGUUGUGUAUUUAUUGUAGGUACGUAUGUAAUUACGUUUGCUGAUUCGUAAUAAUGGAUGUAACUAUAAACCCUGAAGAUUUGAUUCCACUAGUUCAGGAAAGAGGUGUCCUUUGGGACAAAACUUUAGAUAGUUAUAAAGAAAAGCCACUGAAAGUAUCUGCUUGGCAAGAAAUUUGCUGCCAACUCAUACCUGAUUAUGAAGAUUUGGACGAACGUGAAAGACGAGCAUGUGGUAAAUUAGUAUCUACAAGGUGGGCGAAUUUACGAGAUGCCUGGUUGAGAGCAACUAAAAAUGAAGUCAGAAAAUCCGAAGCAGGGGCGAAGUUUUCAAAACCAUAUAUAUAUAAACGACAGAUGAGCUUUUUACACAAAGCCUACAAAAAGAUUAACCGCACUCAUGAUUCUCGUGAGCCUAGAUCACCGAUCCUCCAGAAGCGUCUAGCAUAUACAUUUGUAGAGACACCGGCGGUCAGAAAAAAAGAAAAAAGGCCAGAGGUACCAAUGCCACGUACUUCCAAAAAGCCCAUGAGACCAAUGCCGAGUAGUUCCAAAAAGCCCAUGACCCUUGAUGACAAAAUGAGCCUGUUUUUAGAUAGCAUGCUAUCAACAGACAAACGUGAAGAACAUCCAAUGCUCUCUUUUUUCAAAGGUGUUCUGCCGAGUGUCACGUCUUUUGACGAAGAUGAAACUUUAGAGUUUCACUCAGGCGUACUGUCACUGAUCCAAAAAAUUAGAAAACAGCGUGGAGGCCGUUUAUAAUCAUCAAAUUAGGGGUGGCAUUCACAGUCAGAGUCACAAAACCAUAAUGUGAACCUCCUAGCGAACCAGAAUAUCCUUUUCCGGAUGGAUAUGGAUAUUCGACACGCCAAACCGUCGAACCAGCAUGCAUCACCUGCUUGGUCAGUACAGUCUUCCUCUACUCAAAAUUUUUUAAGAAUGCCUACUAAUUUUCGUCUUCAAAAUUAUAAAAUCGUUAAAGUUUAUCUAAAUAAAUAUGUAUAGGCUAAAA